CAUCCUGACUGGUUGUAUUUCUACUGAGAGAGUUCACAAAUCUUACAAAAAGCUGAUGAAAAUUCACUUGCUCUCUGCAGGUAGCCUUAUCCCAGAUAAAGCUGACUCUUCGAAGUGCCAUACCAGUCAGGACUUGCCUUGUUUUCUUUCUUUCCAAUUGUUUGUAAUGGUUACCACGAGAUUGAGCCAAUGCUCUUUGGCUGUGGGCUUAGACCUAUGCUUACAACAUAGUCCUUUGACCUGCCUACAGCAUUGUCUGUCCAGGGACACAGCUUUAGUAUCAAGAGCACCUUUGCUGCAGGAGCUCUGCUGUGCUGCUUUGCAGUGGUCAGGAGCUCUGAGCAAAUGGGUAGGUUAUGUUAAUGGUCACUGUAUAUUGUUUCAUAUACUUCUCAUUAAGAUGAAAUUAAAAGUGAAAAUCAAGCAGAUUCACCAGAAUGUUACUGGUAUGAUUGACCAAAUUAUUUUCCUGGUCUUAAAAGAAGGCACAGAUUUUGUACCCCAAAGUAGGAUUUGGGACUCUGAAUUUUAGCCUUCUAAAAGCAAAGUGAGUAGGCUGAGCCAUCUUUACUUUUUCUAGGGUUGACAGAGAUAAAAUGUCAUCUCCAGUAGAUGCUAUACUGCACUUAAGCGGGACAGAACGAAACAUGCUCUGAUGUGUCAAGCUGUCGGGAGCCCAGAUUGCUGGCUUAAAUGCAGAACUUCUCAGUAUCUGAAGUUAUCUGAGAUGGAUCCUACCAGAAGAGUUUGCAGUCUAAAUAUGAACUAGCCUAAGGUGCAAACUGCACUUAGCACGCCAGAUAUGCUUCAAGAAAGUGUAGGCAUCUAUGUAGCAUCAUCAUCAAAAAAUCUUCCUGGAAGAGGUUUAGAAAAGUAUUUGGAAGAGCAAAGGUGGUUGUGUGAUACAUGAGAAGAAGAGAGUGGUUCUGGCACACUGUAACAGAGACGGAAUUAUUGCAUCCACCCCUCCUGCUACCUCCACCCCCAAAAUCUGAAAACUUCCUGAUUUGUGUUCAUCAAUAAUUAAGAGCCCAUCAGCAAUACUCAGAGGGAGCUUGCAUUGCACUUCUGAGCAGCCAGAUAGUAAUGUACAGUGGAGAGAUCCUCUCUUUCAAAUCCCAGGGCUCCAGGCCAUGCAAUGCUAGUAUUGCAUUUUCAAUUAGCUUCUGAGUGAAUGCUUGGCAUAUGCAGAAGUGAACUGGUACACAAUUAGCUUAUUGUUCCUUUUAGCUUUGUGCUGAGAGGAUCUGAAGGACUGGAGAAGAGAGGGGAGAGGGGAGUGGGGGGAAAAAUAGUCAAGCCAGCGGCAUCUCUGUGGAUGUGGAAUAAGGGAGCUGCUCAGCUCACACAGAUCCACUUGCUAAGUCUGGAAUUACAGCUGUUACUGAGGAGCACACAGCGUGGCUUUAGGGAGCGUGCCGGGAGAGCCACAGAACAAGGCUCUGUUCUCAGGCGCUCCAGGCUCUGCUCUCGCCUGCCUCAUCUCAGCAUUGCGAUGGAGCCCAACAGCCCCAAAAAGAUCCAGUUUGCUGUGCCGCUCUUUCAGAGUCAAAUAGAUCCUGAAGCAGCUGAGCAGAUCAGGAAAAGAAGGCCUACCCCAGCAUCACUCGUCAUCAUGAAUGAGCAUGUGCCCCCAGAAAAAGAUGAGAAGAGAACAAACAUCUCACAGGCAGAAUCCCAGAGCGCCUCGCCAAAGCAAAGGAAGCAGAGCGUGUACACCCCGCCUGCCCUCAAAGGGAUAAAGCAUCUGAAGAGUCAGAGUGAUUCAGCAUUUCCAGAAGAGGAAGAGGGAAUCAGUGAAAGAGAAGAGGAAUGGGACCACUAACCCACACAAGGGUGCCUGGGGGCCGGGUACCGCAAUGACGGAGCUGCAACACCAUGUGUGCGUCCCACAAUUCACCACCGCUUGUGUUCCCGCGGAGCAGGGUGCGCUGGGGAGCACGCCUUGACUGGGCUUUACAGCCACUUGCAAAUUCGUUUUGUGAGCCUUAUACCUGGAGAUAAAACGUUUGUUUUAAAGUCACUCUUCUUUCAUUUUCUAUGACGUAGAAAUGUCAUUUGCAAAUGGGGUAGUGAUCUGAUGGCAGUACUGCCAGAGCUUAACUUCUGCGUGUGAGCUGUGUUAUAAGACUUGUUGUAAAUAAAACCCAUUUAAAAGCUACAAAAUAAAUAAUACAUUCAUUUAGACAA